AUGGCUGCCGACAGCAAUCGCAGGACCAAGGGCUCCAACAAAUUGGGCUCGUCCAGCGAUUUCCUGAGCUCACAGGUCCAGGACAGCCAACUCGACGAGUCAUCAGGCGAUGAAGUUCAGCCCGUCGCACCGCUUUCUCCCCCACUGCCACUGCGGACGGUCAGUCAUGUUGCUGACCGGGUCGGGACCCUUCUAGGAACGGGCCGCGACGAUGUGAUUGAGCGCAUAGAGGCUCUCGAGGCGGCCGUGGCAUCAGUGCGAAAACGGCAGGUUGCCAUGGAGCAGAAACACGAAGAGGGCGAGAGCAUCCGCCGCGGUCAGCUUGACUGCCUGUCGCAGCGUGUUUUCGAGGCGGAGAAGACUCAGCGGCAGGUGCAGGAGAGAACGGAUGACGCCAUCAGCAAGGCGGGUGCGGCCUUUCAAAAGACAGCAUCGAACAUGGAGCAAGAGCGCUCCAACUUGAUGUGUGUCAUCAACCAGGUCAACCAGAACUUUGAGCACCUGUCAAGAGAGCUCUCGCAGAUGACGGAUGUCGUGAGCAGGGGACAGCAGGAACUGCUGCACGUGCAGCAGGAGGUGGUCGACCUGCGCCAGCAGGAUGUCGAGAUGUCCCAGCGAGUUCAGAGGCUUGAGGAGCUGCAAGAUCACCGCUUGGAGGCGCUGACUCAGCGCAUCAACAUGCAGAUCUUGGAGAUUCAGCGUCAGCUGGCACCUCUGGUGAACAGUGAAAUGGCAAACGCCGCCUUUCAGGCAGAGGCCAGGGCCUGCAUCGAAGAUCUCAGGCACAUGGCCUAUGAUGGCGAGGCCCAGUGUCGAAGCUUCGCAGAGCGAUUCUCACGCCUCCAAAGUGAGGUCUCAGCCUACAUAGCCGAUGAAGUGAGGCGGCACAUCAAGGAGGGCUUCCUGGAUCGGAGCCGCGCUCGCGAGCCGGGGAGGCCAGAUGAGGCAGCGGCCGAGAAGGCAGCCGCUGAAAGGAGAGGCCCGCUGCAAAUGCAGGCACCCUCCGAUGAGUCUGCAAAGACAUGGCUCGAAGGAGAGCGCAGGAAGGGAGGGUUGUCCGAGAGGCUUCCUGGCAGACUUCCUCCCUAUCCCGAUGCAGACGAUCUCCAUCGAGAUGCUCCUGCCGAACCGAAGAUGACGAAGAUGCGGCCCCAAGCGGAGAGGACCGGCCUUGCCUUCCGCCAGGACGACAUGGGGAUCCUUCACAACGGCGAGCAGCGGCUACUGGAGCUGCUGCUUACGGAGGAUAACCUCGGCGACCUCUCUACGCCCCUCGGAGGCUCUCGGAGGUGGCUCUCGCAGGGACCAGAAGCCGAGUCUCUUCCGGCGCCAACGGUGGCAGGCAUGGCAGGCUUCCGUGUGCAUUGA